AUGGCUCCUGGAUUCCACUUCUGGGUCCUGGUCUGCUGGUUGGUGGUAGCUAUGGCAGAAGGACAAGAUGCAGUCAUCCCUCCUGACGGCUCACCAAGUAACAUGAACCCUACAGACUGCCAGAUCUUCACACUCACCCCUCCGCCACCCUCCACAAGGAAGCCUAUGGUAACAGUAACGAGGGCCCAACCCAACCCGAGGACACCCCGGAGGGUGUGGAUUUAUUUUCUGCCAAGAAGGCCAGGCUUCUACCCAAGGCUUCCUAACAGGCCUUUCCUCCCUCCAAACUACAACCACCACUUCCAGUUCCGUCCUUUCUUCCCGCCUCGAGGUGGACCGACUCCUGGGAGGUACUUCCUUGGAGGACUGCUCCAGAGUAGAAGCUCAUCUGAAGAAAGCAUAGAGAAGUAA